CAGGGUAACGUGAACUGCACUUGCAUGCUGCGAUGCGCCUACCUUUUACCUACAAAUUUAACAAAGCUUUGUUAGUCGGCAUACGUAUGUGCAAGGAAAGCAUGCAUACUUGAAAAGCGAACCAAGUUUGUUGUUCAACAGCCGAUCCACAAAUAGUGUCAAACUCACACAAGGGUUUUGUUAAGCGCGCACACGACCCAAGUAUUCUAUUCCUAUUAGGCCGUUGAUAGUCCUGACAGCGUUUCUUGACUCGCGGCGGCAAACGCCGAAGUCGGACGGCUGAUGGCUCUUCGGAUACUAAUAUUUCUCACCGCUUGCACAGCAUGUUUGUCCAAGGCCAGUGGUGCAUGGAGGCAACCUAAGCUCGAUAGCUGUAUUCUGCAUCCGGACUUGGAAGCUCGAAUUGCCAAGGACGUUUCCAUAUGGUCAGACGGCGGCAUAUCGGAGGAAGUGGGCCUGUCGGUAGUUUCGUCUUGUGACCUGAACAAGAUGCCUCCAGACUUGAAGCCGGAGCAGAACUGCAACAAGGCACAGCGCAUUCUGGUGGAGAAUGGCACUGUGUACCUAACCAACAUUGCCAAUACGGUGCACAUGAGUCUUGAUGAGCGGAUAGGCUUCCUUGUAGAGCUGUAUCAAACUAGCCAGGAGUACAACCUCCCCAACGUGGAAUUCACGCACUGGUUCGAUGACAUCCCUUCUGGCUCCCUCGCGUUUGGGCCCGAUGGCAAAUCGCUGUGGCCCUUCCCGCCUGCCGGCUGCAUGCCGCCUGUGAUGGCCUGGAGCAAGUGGAAAGAGUGUUCGGUGUUGCUGGUGCCGAAUUCAGGACACUUUAGAUGCGUUCGGGAUGGCUUUGAUGAGUUGGAAGCUUUGCUAGAAAACAUUGCCACUAGCGUGCCCUGGAAUGAGAGGCUGCCGGUGGCGUUUGGCCGCUGGAGCAACUUCUGUCCACAUUUUCUUGAAAAGCUUACCACUGCUGAUGGUAAGCCGAUGAAGUGCCCACGAACACACUACGAGGAGCUCUCAAAGCAGCACUCGCAUCUCCUUGACAUGAGGGAUAGGAAGGAUGGUCACGAGCUCCCCAUACAGCAUCAAAACCGCUUCCGCUACCUGGUUUCCACGGACGGAUUGUCGGUCAGCUGCAAGCUGGAGAAGUAUUUGUUGCUUGGCUCUGCUCUCCUCAAGACCAACUCCAGCGUUUUCGCCUACUUCUACGAUGCCCUCAAGCCAUACGAGCACUACCUGCCCGUUAUGGUCAAAUCCAGUGACGACAUAUUGGAGAUGGUUCCGUGGAUGAGGGCAAAUGAUGAACGCGUGCAUGCGAUUGCUCAGAGAGGCCAGGAAUUUGCCCUUAACAACCUCCAUCGUGAGGCUCGGCUUUGCUACAUUUUCCGCUUAAUCAAGGAGCUGUCCAAGAAGAUGGGGUACAAGCCCACGUGCAAGCGCCGUGAGCUGUGUGUGCCUUUGGUGCAUGAGAUCAAAUUCCUGGCAGGGGAUAAGAGGACGUCCAUGAGAUGCGAGUACCAGUCCGUGCUGUCACGAUUUGGAAACUCCGAUGACGCGGUUGCCACCGGGCGCCGGGCUAAAGAGUACGACUUCAAGGAUUUGGGGCGGCUGCAUGAUGGGGGUAACGCCUGGCCACGUGACGAUCUGCUAAAAGACAAGCCAUGAAGGUAGGGGCCCCAGGCCUCUACCCUUCCUUAGAAGUGACUGUCCGCAAAAAGAGAAAACGGUUGCCCUUAGGUCAUUUGACUCUGGCAUCAUGUCUUUAUCCUUGUAUUGUUUCAUCUGUUAUCAUAUCAUGUUGUGUUCACCAGCUGUGGCGUGCACACUAGUACGGGCAAGUUAAGUGGUAGGGCUUGCGAAAUUCCCGUGAUUCUGGCACAUCUUGCCAUCAUUUGUUUUCGGAGGGGCCUGCAAGUUGUCCCUUGUAGCUCUUUAUACGUUGUGGCCCUUGUCGGGGACCCGGGUGAUGAAUAGUGCUGUCCAAUGAAUAUUUCCUAUCUGCGUCAUACAGCUAUCGUGUUCAUGGGCUUAAGGAAAGACCGAACAUUUGUUGCUUAUCAACUGCCGUGAAUCGUCCUCAAGUGUAUGUAUGUCACGGAGCAGAACGUGCUUUUUGGCCUGCCCUUGGUUCUAGGCGCUCCGAUAGGCCGCGCCGUGGAAGCAAGGGAAAAGCCUUAGGGAACACCGGGACUUAAGGUCCCAGCAAAAUUUCCUGUUUAGGUAACAUAGCAGACGAAGCCAUAUCAUUGUAACUUUUUGCAGACUAUUACUAAAUGUAAGCCACGGUACCAUGGAGAACAGUUGUUCGAACACACAGACAACAUGGUUAUGGGGCAUGAACAUAAAGUUGGUGUUAAGUGGUGCUACUGUGAAUGUUCGGAACAACAACCGAAUGUGUUUCCCUGUUGUCUGUUGUUAAGGUGCAACGUUGCUGUUCAGAAAGGCGCUGUCGUACACGUGCUUUCUUACAGUGGCUGUUUGGCAUCCCUUGUUCAUCACGGAUAGUCGUUGUAGUUACAAGUAAGGCCCGCUGUGGGCGGGAGGUACCCGCAGCUCGGCAAAAGGACGACACGUAUGUGGGCGUGCAUACCGUAAGAGUGGUGUGAAGUUGCGGAUGAGGGAGGUGAGGAAGCCGGCGAAGAUACAGUGUUACAUGCAACAGUUUUGACAAGUCGAGAUAUUCGUAGUAAAGUAUAAUAGAGGCCUGCGCGCAUGGCUGCAGCUACGUCUGGAUCUUUGUAGCCACCGCAUGGAUUACUAAGGGCUCUGGCACCGUUGGCUCUGCCCCCAUACUUCUCGAUUGCCGCACGGUCCACCUGAGCCAUCGGGUUCACGUGGACAGCCCAAUCCGCAUCUUCAGGCACGGCGCCUGCCGCACCUUGGCAGGAGGCCUGCUAGGGUACUUAUGUAAUUACGAUAUUUUA